UCAAUUGAUGGGACCUUUCCACCGUUGAACAAAGAUCUUGUCCCCACCGGAACGCAAGGGUAGCCUCAUGCGGUCAACGAGCUUGUGUGACCAGCGGUAGGCAAUAGCUGCGCUGUCGGGCAGAUAGGCACCAGCGGGGUGCAGGAGACAAACUGGUGCCUGGAAGACGAAAAGAAGGUCACGAUGUGUCUCAUCGUCCCUUUUCUGCGCUUGCUUGCAUUACCAUUAGUGAGCAACCAGCUACGGGUCAACACAGAAACAUCUACGCCAGGCAUUGACAAUGUCGAGAUGGCGUCUGGGUUUGAUCACAAGUUAGACGACAGCUUGGAUAACGACAAUGAGUACCGUACUUCCUCGGUGUCAUCUACUGUCCCGAGAAUGUUGGCAGUGAUGAGACUCUAUACAUGCCUAGCAUGGGCCUCCGGAUAUCUAGAAGAACCCCCCGGGGCUAAGCAGUUACGACUGAAGAACCACCUAAUCAGCGAAGCACCCAUUACUGAGGCUUUCUUGUGGUGGGGUCCAUCAACCAGGAACGCUUGGCCAGUGUAAAUGACUGGACCUGCGGUUUGGUUCCGCGGUUGUGAAAUCGAGGGCCGGGCUGCCAGAUAUCCAUGGACAUCUACGUUGCGAACAGCAAGGUUGAUCCGA